AUGGAUAUAGAGAAGAAAAUAUCUUCGGUGACCCAGACGGCCGGGAAGUGGCUUGAGGACUUUAGAUACAUGGCGUCCAUAGCUCUGAACUUGCUAGAAUGCUUCUUCUAUUCACUUGUCGGGAUCAUAUGCCUUAUGUACUCCGAGAAACCGCUGAACAACAUAUGGUUCAAGUACUUUUCGUGUGUCUUGAUUGUGGUUGGAGUGAUAGACGGGCUCCACAAGGUUCCCACCACCUAUCUGGCGAAAAACAGCAACACCAAGAGCAAGACCUUCAGGUCAAGAAUAAUCAAUCGCCUGAAGGAGCUACGGAGAUUCUUCAUCGAAAACAAGAUCAACAGGAUGAUAGACUUUAUCGGAAACCUUUUAAUGAUCUUUGCAAUCUCGGUAGUGUUGUAUUCAACAUGGACAACCAUAAAACCGGUUCUUGAGAGAAGUGACGAUGGGGGCUAUAGCAGCACUCUUAAUGCUCUUUUCUGCUCUUCAGGGCUCUACAACCUUCUGUCUCUCCUGUACUCGUUCUACAUCCUUAUAAAACAAGGAUGUCAAUACAUAUCUGACUUCAAAAAGCGUGGAACAUAUUCGAAUAAUGCAGGCAUCCGUAUCCGGUUUGAAAACGGUGAGGAGGAGCAUGAUGGAACGGAUAAGGAUCCGUUUUCCGACAUGCCUGUGAUCACUCUUACGGAAGUAGUUUUUCUGCUGAUCUUUGCUGUUUGGGGUGCCUUCAGAGGAGGAUCUGGCUACAUAAAGAAGACGCUUACACCCUCUGUUGUUGUAUUCAAGAUAUCGACUUCGAUACUUCAGUACAUGGUACCGUUUUUCAGGCACUCUGGGAGCAAGAAUGCGAUUCUACUACCCAUCAUUUUUAUAUCUCUUCUAUCUAUCUGUGCAUAUAUCGUCAACGGGCUAGAGUUAAAAAUAUCGGAACUGGUGGGCAGUAAUAAUCUUCGUACUUCCCAGGGCCAAUGA